AUGAACUUUCUAUUAAUAGCAUUACUUGUGGAUGAAGUUGAAGAUAUAGAUUUAUUGAAAAUUCAUAAUGAUGCUACCUCCGAUGAUUAUGAUUCAUUUAAUGUAAAACCUUUAGAAAAUCGUCAAAGUUCAUCAGUUAAGAGCGUUAAAUUUACAACAGUAAGAAGUACUAUUGCAAUGAGACCAACACUCAGACCAACAACACCAAUGCCAACAAUUACUGAAACUAAGGUUGUUGGAGAGGGACAAAUACCUGUAGCAGUAUCUGGAGGAAUGCCUGUUGGAAUGGUGGCAAAUGCCUAUUUUAGACCGGAUAUAAGAGUAUUACCAAGAGCAGGAAAAUUUUAUGAACAUUAUCCAUAUAAUAAACUUCCUCGUGCCUAUCAAUUAAGACCUGAUUUAUAUUAUGUUUAUCCAAGAGAAUUCCAGAAUGCUGUUUAUAAAUAUCCUUAUGAGAAACUUCCUUAUUCACUUUUAACAUGGCAUCAACAACAACAAAUUGCGAAUGAUGCAUACAACCAGUAUUCUAAUCAGUAUUAUAGUGCAUACUAUAAUCAACAGUAUCAAGGACAACCUAGUGGUGGUAGUUAUACACCUCAUGAAGUUCCUACUACAGAAAAGACUGAAGAACCUAAGUUUAAUGACAAUUUUGAAAAUGAAGAUUUUGAAAAAUUAGCUGCUGAAGCUGCAGAAGAAAAAAAUAUGGAAAAAAAUGGUAGUACAAGUAAAACUACAACUUCUUCUAUUGAUGAAGAAUUUAUAAAAAGGAAAGCUCAGUAA